AUGCUGCCAGCGCGGGGCCUGCGGCUUGCCACUGCAGCGUCGCCGCUCGUCUUUGUCAUUGGCGCGAAGAAGAAACACCGCGUUGAGCUGACCAAUGGCGAGGAGAUAGCCGUCGUCUUCAAGGUGCAAUGCACCGAGUCGUCGCGCUUCCGCCUGCAGCCGUCCAAGGGUGUCGUCGCCGCCAACGCGUCCGUCGCCGUGCACAUCCAACUCGCAUCCCAUAGCAUGGACGAAGCCAACUGCACCUUUCUCGUCCUCUCCAAGGCUGCGUCGUCGCCAGACGCCAUUGCCAGUGGUGCUUGGGUCAAGGACGAUGAUGUCGCCAAGCUCUAUGUCAACGCCGAGAUUCGACAAGAGGCAUCCAACGGCGGCGACGUUGCUCCGUUGCCUGAAACGGAGCAGCCCACAAGCCCCGACGAGCGGCGGGUCGUGCGGCUUCUCGUUAAGAACAAAAGCCGAAAGUCAUCGAAUCGGCUCUCGGACGACGAGGUAGCGUAUUUGAGGCAGUGCAAAGCUGCGGUGACACCGUCGCGCUGGCACCAAUGGGAGAUGAAUGCGCUUCACGCCCGCACAUCGCUGCAAGGCGAGAAGAAGCGGCGAGCGUCCUCUAAUGCCUCGUCGUCGUCGGCAUCACUCGCGUUGCAUGAAGACGACGUCGCGUCGCUGCUCACAUCGCCGCGGUACGGCAAGAGUGCCCACUCGGUUGUCACCGAGUCGGAGCAAGCUAGUCUCUGCUGCGAGCCCGUGGACAGCGUGGAUGCCGAGGUGUAUGCACCGUUGCUCAAUGUCGUGCCCCAUCGAUGUCGCCGGCAAAGUGCGUGCGACGACCAAGGUCGGUCGUGCAUGGAGCCUGCGUGCCUAUGGGCGCGGUACAUGCUCGAUGUAUGCAUUCAGCAACUCCAGCACACUGUGAACGUUGGUCGCACGAUCGCGAGUUCUUCAGACGACGCUAGCAGCGCGAUCGCACGCAUCUCCAAGUCGGCCCAAGAGAUUGUGAUUUUGCACCAAACAAACCCGUACUUUGACGAUGCGUUUCGAGCCGACGCGUCGACGUCGCGGCCGUGGCUCGGCUCCACCGAGUCCUAA